AUGCUCAUUCAAGUUACAACUCUCGCCUUUGGGCUCCUGCCCUUUGCUUUUGCAACCAGGGAAUUCGUGAACCACGGUACUACGAGUGGCUGGCCCAGCACUUGGAUCGAUCCCAACACCAAAGGCUACGUCGAGAACUCCACCAGUGCCUUCUACGGCAAGUCACAAUCGCUCAAAUUCGGACAAGAAUACCUCGGCAGCAGUUACGAGGGCCGCUACCAUGCCGAGAAAAUCUACUCUAACGGAUACAAGCGCGACGAGGAAAAGUACUACGGUUUCGCCUUUCGCCUGCACUCGGAGUGGGAAUUCGAUCCCCAGAGCUAUAACCUCGCGCAAUUUGGCGCUAAUUUCAACGAUAUCAAGUGGAAUGGCGAGUCUUGCGAUGACUUCAGUCCGACCACCAUGAUCUGGCUCAACCAAACGAAGCUCUUUGCGCGCACGAAACACGGCCAGAUGAUCAAAGGCCAGAAGUGCCCUCCCGAUGAUCAAAAGUGGAACUGCGAUCUUGGUCCCAACUGCCAGGUGACUGAAUCGUUUCAACUCAAGUCUGAGACCAGCAGCAUCGGCGAGAUAAAGGCUGGGGUGUGGUACAGGCUUACCUUCCGUGUGAAGUGGAAGAGCGACGACACGGGCAUAUUCCAGGCGUGGCUGAAUGGCACACAGGUCGCUGACAAGUCAAAGUUGAAGACCACGCUGUUGGAUGAUCACAGAGACUACGAGUUUCGUGUGGGGCUGUAUGCGAACAGUUGGCAUGACGAGAAGAAGAUGGUGGGAAGUCAACCAAAGAGGCAGCUAUGGAUUGAUGAGAUUGGGGUAGGGAGCACGUUUGCUGAUGCGGAUCCGGAUGACAUCAAGAAGAGCGCUUAG